AUGGGCAGCGCAGUCACUAGACAUCGGGAGAAAGAGACGGUAACCCGGGCGCCUUGCAUCGUUUCCGCCAAGAACGCUAGGCGCAUUGUGAACACGCCAAAGUACCAAGUAGCAGCGAAGUCGCCCGCGGCACCCGAUAUUUACACUCGACGGAAGGACUCGCAUGAUACACCGGCUCUAUCAUUAACGGGAUCAGGGGGAGAUGGGAUGAAGAUUCAAAUGCGUGAAAAGAGGCCCCCGCUACCCCCCUUGGUGCUACCAUCUAGUAGUUGCAUGGUGCGGUCAAAGUACAUCCCCGGCACACAGAACAAGCAAUGGGCCAUGAGUGACACACCACCCUUCGCGAAGGAGCCGGUAGGCGCGGCGAAGAUCGUCCGUGUGCCACUCUCCGCCCCUGUUCCGCCGCAGACCACCGAUGACACGUUUGACUUGCAGUCAGCCGGCAGCAGCUGUCAGGGCAACGAUGCGGGUCUCCCGUUAGGCACGCUGAUGGGCGCUAGCGGCGAUGCGCAGAGGCACGUGGUGGCGAAAGAAAUGCCUGCUUCCGUAGCAACGAAUAGCGGGAAGAGGUCAAACCCUCUUAUGGAGUGCAGCUUUGACGCGAAUGGGGCAUCGAGCGUCGGCUCUGCAGGACCCGUCACCAAUGUGCAAUCCUUCCUUCCAUUCGUUCUUCCACAGAACAUGGACGAGCGGUCUUCGAAUAACUUUAUUGAGUAUAUCACUCAACACGCGUUGGAACUGAGAGGACCACGUGACCUUCUCUGGUUUAACGUGGACUAUGAUCGUAGGCUCCUCCGGCGGCGCAGGGAGCAUGUGGCGAUUAGCUGGUGUCCCACAGAAGAAAUUGCCAUCCCCGAGACAAGCGAAA